ACAGAUCAUCUGUUGUGAGAGAGAAGAGUCAGACUGAUCCACCCUUGAGCUCUGCAGGAAUCUCUCACUGUGUGUCUUCCUCUGCGGGGGGAAGUCCGAUGAUAAAUCAGAAUUUCAUCAGCUCUUUUUACUUCACACACCAGAUGCCUCUCUCAUCUUGACCAAUGGGAUUAGGGUAAAGAGGUGAAAGUUGGGUUUUGUAAAUCUAACCAUGCGUUAAUCCAGACCAUCGAGUCAGCGGAGCAGAGGGAUGUGAGGGACACAGAGCUGGUAAAGUUUGAAAUCGAAAGCCAGAGAAAGGACUUCAUCUGAGAGGAUGACUGUAGUUUGGAUAUUUCUCCUGUUCAUCGAGGAGGGAUUUGCUCUGGCACAGAAGACUAAAGAUGGAGGAGCGGGAUCAAAAGCAGUGAAACCCUCUCAAAGGCCGCAGCGCAAUCGUCACUGUGGAACCUGGGUCCGAAACACAGAGGGGGGCUCCUUCAGCUCCCCCAACUACCCGAACACGUACCCUCCCAACAAGGAGUGCCUUUAUGUGCUGGAAGCCCUGCCCCGUGAGAGAAUAGAGCUCCUGUUUGAUGACUCCUUCUACAUCGAGGCGUCGUUCGAGUGUCGUUUUGACCACAUCGAGGUGAGGGACGGUCCCUUCAGCUUCUCGCCACUCAUCAAUCGUUUCUGCGGCUCCGCCAGCCCCGGACUCGUCCUCUCCAGCGGCCGCUUUAUGUGGAUCCGCUUCUACAGUGACGAAGAGCUGGAGGGGAUCGGCUUCCAGGUCCAGUACACCUUUACUGCAGACCCUGAAUUUCAUCUGCAUGUGGGAGGACUUUUAAAUCCUAUUCCAGAUUGUCAGUUUGAGCUGUCUGGUGCUGACGGCCUGAUCCGUUCCAGUCAGGUGGAUGAGGAGUACAAAGUGAAGCCAGACCAGGCGGUGGACUGCAUCUGGACUAUACGAGCCCCAACAAACAACAGGAUUUACUUACGAUUCCUAGAAUACCAGAUGGAAAACUCCAACGAAUGCAAGAAGAACUUUGUGGCUGUUUAUGACGGCAGUAAUGCCAUUGAGGACCUAAAGGCCAAGUUCUGCAGCACAGUGGCCAACGACAUCAUGCUGGACACUGGUGUGGGAGUGGUGAGGAUGUGGGCCGAUGAAACGAGCCGUCUCAGCCGUUUCCGGAUGCUCUUCACUUCUUUUGCAGACCCUCCAUGUGCGGGCAGUGCGUUCUUCUGCCACAGUAACAUGUGCAUCAACACUUCUCUGGUGUGCAACGGCAUACAGAACUGUGUCUUUCCCUGGGAUGAAAGCAACUGCAAAGAGAAAAAGAGCAAAGGUCUUUUUCACCAGAUCACAAAGACCCACGGAACAAUAAUCUGUGUGUCUACGGGAGUGGUGCUGCUGUUACUCAUCAUCUCCAUCCUGGUGCAAGUCAAACAGCCACGGAAAAAGGUGUUGGUACGUAAGAAUAACCUUUUUCACCGGGGCGACUCCCAGGAAGUGUUUGACCCUCCCCAUUAUGAACUCUUUACUCUCAGAGACAAGGAAAUGUCAGGGGACCUUGGGGAGUUAUCUGAGGAGCUCCAGUCCUUACAGGCGCUCAGGAGAUCGUCCUCGGGCUCCCGCUGCAUACACGAACACCACUGUGGCUCUCAGGCCUCCAUCAACUCCAUCAAAGCCACUCAGGGUGCACACAGCCUGGGCAGGGGGUCCCUGGAGCUCCCCCCUUUCAGAGGCGAAAUUCAGACCACCUUACCUCCCUUCAGGGACUUGAACAGCAGUCUGCGUAAGAAGAGCUGGCCUAGUAUGAAACAAGGCCGAACACAGGGCCAUCACAGCAUCGGGGAUCGAGCGCUGGAUCGGCAGGACAGAGUGAUGGAGGAGGACGAAGAGGACGAGGACGACGGAAGGUACGACGUGUAUGUGCACAGAGCAGGAAGCCGGAGAGGGAACUAUGAAAUGGCUCAGCAAAGAUCCUUGUCCAUGGACUUCUGAAAAGACAAGAGGUCGGUACAGCAAAACAACUUUUCCAAAUCAGUGCCACAAUCUGGGAGAACUCACACAAAUACAGGAGCAGGGAAGAGACUCUUACAUCCAACAGGUCGUAAUGCUGUUUAUUGUUUAAGUGGUCACAUCUUACUGUAAAGCCAAUAGAUUUUGUUGAAGUAUGUUUUAAAUCAAUAUUUUGUGUUCUAAAAGGAUGAGGAAACAUGAUUACCUUAUGACCAAAACAAAAAAUAUCACCUCAGUUGUUUUGUUUAAUCUCUUAUUUACUUGUGUUAAAGAUAAGAAUAAAUAUCAUGAUGUCAUGUGUGCGUCCUGAGAAGUGUGUGUUCGAGAGUCUUUGAAUAGGUGUUGUCAAGCAGGUAGGACCGGUGGAAUGGCCUCUGUCAUUAGGUGAACUCAUCGUGUUAUAUAAUGGGAUUAGGUAACACCUAACCGUCCACUGGCACACCUAUCCUUAUCAAACACUCUAGUCUGUGUUUUUACUUUCUCUCUUUGUUGACUGUAGGCCGACUGAGUAACUGAUGGGUUACCAGAUGUUAACCUUUCUAAUGUGGAGGACCCGACAAACUUAAGAUCAAAGGUUACUGUUGGUGAGCAAAAGAAUAAAAUGUAAUUGGCACUAAGACACGAUGAGUCCCAGGGUUAAACUAGAGUUUCCUUGUGUCUGGUAACAGAGUGUUUAUAAUAAGUUGUAUCCCACUGCUGAGGUCAGUGAAGAUCAGAAUAUGAACCUGGAAUUAGAAAACUGGGAAGAGUCACAUCAAAUUCCCCAGAUGUGUGUAUUACAUAGUUUUUUCCUCACUCAGGCGCAGCUUUGCGAUCAUUCUGCCAAAUGACUUAUAUAACCCAGGAGCUGGAGGACACGAGCGCAUUUAGAAAUCCAGAGUGGUUUCCAGGCCACAGCCUCGCAGUUUAGCCAGCGAGGCUGCAGGGUUCAUCCGUCAUAUUCAGAAAACUCACCGGGCAGAUAAUUAAAGGUAUGCGUACACACAAGCACAUGAACAUGCAGUCCUGCUGCUACAGGACGGGCUCCGCCUCUGACUGAGAACCCUGUUGAUUGAAAUGUAGAGACAAACAAUAAAAGGUGUGAUCUGGUUUGCCAAUAACAAUAUGACCUAUCAACUGGUAAAUACUGUUAUUACUUGCACUGGGGUCAACAAAUGCUUUCUUUCAGGAUCACUGUGCUACACAGUCAUUGUUGUCUAUGAAUAUGCAACAUAUUUCAGGCACAUCGAAUUAUGAAUCUAAAAACGAAAUAGAGUAAAGUUAAUGGGUACAGCCAGAAGCAUAGAUUAAAAAAAAAAAAAAUCAAGUUGCCAUCA